CUCGACCAUAAACGACAGAGGCGAGAGAGAGAAAGCCACCUCUACCAGGCAUUCUUUCGUCACUCAGUACCACGACCAUGGCCCUCCAACGCUCGCUGCUGCAGUAUCUCUGCAGCGUCCUGCUGCUCGUCGGCGCUGCCAGCGCUCUCAAGUUCGACCUGAUCGCAACCGCCGAGGGCUCCAAGAAGGAGCGUUGCAUUCGCAACUUUGUCGGCAAGGACACACUUGUGGUGGUUACGGCGACCGUUGAUGGAUUCAAGGGCGAUGGCAUGAUGGUGAACCUUUAUAUUCGCGAUGCCGUUGGCAACGAGUACGGUCGCCCUAAGGAUGUUGUUGGCGAGUCGAGGACUGUCUUUACCUCUCACGCCGACGCUGCCUUUGACGUUUGCUUCGAGAAUGUCUUUACUGGCUCCAAGCGAAUCAACAACCCUACCCGCCACAUCGAGCUCGACAUUGACAUUGGUGCCGACGCCAAGGACUGGUCCGCCAUCCAGGCCACCGAGAAACUCAAGCCCCUCGAGGCCGAGCUCCGCCGCAUCGAGGAGAUCACGACCGAGCUUGUCAACGAGAUGGAGUACCUCCGCGCCCGAGAGCAGAAGCUGCGAGACACCAACGAGAGCACCAACAACCGAGUCAAGUGGUUCGGCGUCGCCACCACCUGGCUGCUCAUCGGCCUCUGGGCGUGGCAGAUCAUGUACCUCCGCGCUUACUUCCGGUCAAAGCAUCUGAUCUAGAGACUAGACUUGCUGUUUUUAAGAAAUGCGUGCGCGACACUGUCUGAGGAGGAACCACACUUCUCCCUGUUGGAGAGGAUAGACGGCCUCGUGCUGCUUGUGUGUAAUUGUGUAGGUGGUUUGAGUUUCCGGGCAUGCUGGCGUUUUAAUCCGUGGCAUGUACAUGGUCGGGAAGGGAAAACAAGACUAGGCCUAUCCGAGCUGAGGCUUGAUUGACGAGCUGAGUGUAACAAAAGUCAUGACAGAGCAAUAAUUUAUGUCCAUAUACAUGAUUUC